AUGACUACCAUUGAAGAAGGGGACGAAAUGGAUUUCAUUAAUUGGGAUGCAGCCGGUGCUGACACCGGCUUUGAUUUCCAAGCGCCUGCGGAAGGCGCGCUUGACUCAACGGACGAGGCCGCCAAUAUGAACAUGGUCCUAGGUGACGUCGACGGCGAUAACUUCUCCUUCUGGGCCUUGGAGCACUUCGAUUCGACACAGAUCCCCCAAGACCUCCCCAUGACAACGCUCGAUGACACUUUCGGGCCUCUACCAUUGGCUGACAUGGAGCCGCCUGCUCAACUUACGUGGGAAUUUCCUGAAGCGCCCUGUGGUCACUGCCGGGUGGGCGGAUAUGAAUGCAAGCGUAUUCGUGAGGGUAAAUUCAAGGGUUACUGUACCAGUUGCAUCGCUUUAAGAUGCGAGUGUAGCUUUGGUCCAAUAGGUAAUCACGCUGGCUCGGUAGCUAACGGGACUUUUCCUGCAAACCCGUGGCCGACCAUGGGUGAUCGUCCAGAGACGUCUAUUCUGCACGAGGACGAGCUCGCAGCGCUUACAAACCGGACUGUCGAUGUCACGCACCUGGAAUCAUUGGCUGAGACUGAAACACAAUACCCUUCCAGCAAGCCAGCAGCAAAAAUUGGAGCUCGCUUCUCUCGAGAGUCAGUUAGGAUCCUGAAAAAUUGGGUUUCAACUCACAGUCGUCACCCAUAUCCAACUGAGGAAGAGAAGGAGAGUCUGCAGAAGAUUACCGGCCUCAACAAGACUCAAAUCACUAAUUGGCUUGCAAACGCACGGCGGCGAGGUAAAAUUCAGCCAACCCGUUCGAUAAGUCCUCAUGUUGGAGCGGGCUAUGCCCAGGCUAUGGAUAUCCCACAGCGAAGGGGCACACCAAGGUUACUGGAGCACAUGAACCCCCUGCAGCGUUGGGCUAGCUCGCCUCCCGAAAACGAACCUGCAUCAGUCACGGCCAUUGCGCGCGCUGUUACUGCAUCUAGUUCAGCUGUUUCGUCCAGCUCAGGACGCAACAGCCCAUACGUCUCUGGCUAUUCAGACGACGGCUCGAGCAGAUCAAUUUGCCAACAGUCAUCGGCAAGUAGCUUUACGAACUCUCAUGGUUCAAGUGGUGGAUCAUUUGCUUCGUCUUUCUCUCACCAAUCUCGAGGCUCAUUCGGAUCUAUUCCGUCGUUUAUUAGGAGCAAUCGUGGCCGACGACGACGUAGGCGAGCACCACCAAAGCGUGCGGAGGAGGGUCUCACACAGCCACUCAAGACAUUUCAAUGCACUUUCUGUACAGAAACCUUUAGGACGAAGCACGAUUGGCAACGUCACGAGAAGUCCUUACAUCUCUCCCUUGAACGUUGGGUCUGCUCACCUGAUGGUCCGACAGCCCUGAAUCCUGGAAAUGGGUUGAUAAGUUGUGUCUUCUGUGGAGAGGCAAAUCCUGAUGAAACCCACAUUGAGUCUCACAACUUCUCUGGUUGCACAGAGCGCACAAUGGAGGAAAGGACGUUUUACCGGAAGGAUCACCUCCGACAACACCUCAACUUAGUACAUGAUGUCAAGUUCUUGCCAUGGGCAAUGGACACGUGGAAGGCCAACUCCCCUGCGAUUCGGUCCCGAUGCGGUUUCUGUGGGACCGUCAUGGAUAGCUGGAGUGCUCGUAUUGACCAUCUGGCUGAACAUUUCAAAUCUGGUAAUACCAUGGCUGAUUGGAAGGGUGACUGGGGUUUUGAUACUCCUGUACUUCAAAUGGUCGAAAAUUCUAUGCCACCCUACCUGAUUCAUGAAGAACGAACGACCCCGUUGCCAUACAUGGCGACUGUGGCCAACCCAUCGACGCCGACCAACGCCUAUGAAUUACUCAAGUUUGAACUACAAUACUGGGCUCAUAGCAUAUACGAGGACACUGGACGCUCCCCAACGGACGACGAAACGCAGCAAGAAGCAUGCCGGAUCAUAUUUGGGGCUGAAGUCAUUUCACAGAAUCCAGCCCAUUUGUCGCCGUCGUGGAUUCGCGAUAUAAUGAAGGGCAGAACCGAUCUCACCCAAGCUGCAAUGCAUCAGCCAAUUAGGAGGCAGGCCGAGAAUCGCCUACACACACUUCGAAUCAACGGAAAAGACAACAUUUUCGAGAGUUGCGAGUUCGAGAGUCAACUGCAGGACUUUGUCAAAGCCCGUCAAUUGCUUGGCCUAACUGCAAUGGACCACGAACUUCAAACCGAAGCUUGUAAAAUUAUAGGGCGCUUGGAGGAAAAAUCAGCUAAUCCAUCGGAAGAUAUCGCAAACUGGGUCGUCCGUCUUAUUCACUGCUCAACGACUUGGCUCACUGACUUCCGAAGAAGAGCCCAUUUGCCGAGGACUGAGGAUAUAGUGGACGCGGAUGUCAGGUGUAAAGAUCCAACACUAAUUGAUUCGACGAUCCACAAUUAUAGUCGGCUGGAUCGUGAGUUGGGAGAAUUUCUACAGACUCAAAGGUCCAUGGGAAUUGAGCCAACUGAUGCCCUUCUGCAAAGGCAAGCUCGGCUGAUUAUCUAUGACAACGACGAUGAUUGGAACCAAACUGCUGCCGAUGAUACCGCUUGGCUGGAAUCAUUCAAACAGCGCUAUCAAUCCUCCGACACCCCUAUAACUACAUCCACAUCGAGCACUUCGCCCAAGACCCAUCGACCGCAAGUGUUGACCGUGGUCAAUCCGUGCACUGGUGCGUAUGGACCGACCGUCAUGCCGACAAGCUUUGCCAUUCCUCCACGACCACUAAGGCCUGGUCCAUACUUCCUGAACGAUGCAAACUGUUAUCAGCGACUGGCAAAAGACCUUGGUCGUUUUGUGGCUUCUACCAUGUCUGCUAACAACCCCAACUCCCACGUUCCUUCCGAUGAGGAACUUCAACACCAAGCACGGUGGAUUGUGUAUGAUGAUGAUGACCCUUGGAAUCAGACCGCUGCCGACAACGCAGAAUGGUUGCAGAGAUUCAAGCGUGAUGUCGGCAUACUGCAGCCAGAGUCUGGUCCUGGUCUUACAACAGACAUGUUACCGUGGAACCAUACGGAUGGAGGCACGGGCUUUGCGCCGCCAUACGUGCAUUUGAGUCCCCAGAUCACCAUUGAGCCACUCAAGGAGAAUCCGAAGAUUUUCUGUCGUGACAACGCGAAGCCAUUCGAGCCUGAUGUUGCCGUAGCCAAUCGCUUCUUGCAGUCCUUGAACCACCGCUAUGCUGCCCCAGCUAAGGUCUUCUGCUCAAGAGAGCUCGAAAACGGGCUUACAGAAUAUGUCAAGCGCGAAGUCAGCAUGACAGGUAUUAUUCCAAGCGACGAUGAAUUGCGUGAACGCGCAAAACAGAUCAUGAGCAUGCAGAACACUGCAGCCGAAGAUCCGAUACUGCUCGAGAAAUUCAGAUCAGCCAUGCAACAAUUAAUCACACUUGCAGCAUUGAUUGACCCCAUGCCGCUGGAUACAGAGUUGAACCUCUCGGACGAGCAAGUCAAUGAUAUCUUGGAUGAUCUUGACUUUUCGCUAUAA